GGGCAGAUAACUGUAAAACCUUCCUGGCUUGAAAUUCACGGGUGCAGGCGAGCAGAACCGGUUCAGCAUCGGUCAAGUCACAGGUUCGGACAUAACGCAUAAACCUCGACCCAGUCGUCCGUGACUUGCAUAAUCACCGAGAGGCCAAAGUUCACUAGCCUUGCUUUACUACAUCAAAGCCGACACAAGCGAGAAUCAGUUCAGUCGCCUAGUUUACAGUCGUGGUUAUUUUGCUAUUUCGUGAGUGUGGGACUUGCUGAUAAGAAAACAUGGAAGGUGUCAAAAACUUCAUUGCAGGUGGAGUUGGAGGAGUAUGCUGUGUCGCAACUGGCCAUCCUCUUGACACAAUCAAGGUGCGACUUCAAACAAUGCCGAAACCUGAACCAGGACAGUCUCCCUUAUACAAGGGUACAUUGGACUGUGCCUUAAAGACAAUUAGGCAGGAGGGCGUCCUGGGCCUGUAUAAGGGUAUGGCAGCUCCCAUCGCAGGCGUGGCACCGAUCUUUGCUAUAUGCUUCUACGGAUAUGGCGUUGGCAAGACCUUGCAGCAGAGAACUCCAGAUGAGCAGCUAUCGCACAUCCAGACAUUCAACGCUGGUAUGAUGGCGGGCGUGAUGACCACCGUCAUCAUGACGCCCGGAGAGAGAAUCAAGUGUCUACUGCAGAUCCAGCAAGCUGCAGGGGGUGAGGCCAAGUACAAGGGCCCCAUCGACUGUAUGAAGCAGCUGUACAAGGAGUCCGGGAUAAGGGGCGUGUACCGUGGCACAUUCGCCACACUCUGCAGGGACGUGCCAGCAACUGGCAUGUAUUUCAUGAGCUACGAAUGGCUGAAGCGGGUGCUCACUCCAGAGGGAAAAACGACUAGUGACCUGGGUGCUGGAAGGCUGUUGUUAGCUGGUGGAAUGGCUGGGAUUGCCAACUGGAUGGUUGCUAUGCCACAAGAUGUGCUCAAGUCCAGGUUCCAGACAGGUCCCCACGGUAUGUACAGUGGGAUCCGGGAUGUAUUCCGACACAUGAUGAAGGAGGAAGGACCCCUGGCUCUCUACAGGGGAUUCACCCCAGUCUUGAUCAGGGCCUUCCCUGCUAAUGCUAUGUGUUUCCUGGGUUUCGAAAAGGCUAUGCAAUUCCUGAACUAUUUGUUUUGAUGCGGCGGAGAGCUAGAGACGUGUGUUGUCCUGUAUGCCAGUUCCUUCUUCUCACAUCUCAGGGCCAUCAUUCAUGUCAUGCUCAGAACCAUGUCAUGUGUCUGUCACAGACUUCACUGUGCCCUUACAACUAACAUCCCUUGACUUCCACUUAGGCUAUCAUAGAGAUCGCUAAUUGUUAACUAAAUAUUGAUAGAUUGUCAAUAAAUAUCAGGGACAUAACUUUGAGCAUGAAUGCAAAAAAUGUCUGAAAGAAAUGAAUAUAUUUUACAUUACUGGUGAACUGUGACAUGUUUUUACAUGUAUUAUUAACGAAACAGCGUUCUGAACAUAAUUUAGAAACAGACCAUGAAUAAAGUCAUAAAUUUGUAUAUUGUGUGAGGAAGUUAAAAGUUAUUUCUAUCACAAAAGUUAAUGUGUGAUACUAGUAUUAUUGAUAACACAAUUUUCAUAUCGAUUAGCAUUAAUAAUUUUUCCUAUCGAUAAUAUUUCCAAUUGUCGAUCCUUUUAGCCAGCCCUACUUGCUCUACACUUCCAUACAAUAUAUUCUCAAGUUCACACGCAUUUGUAAAAGGGUUAUUAAUGUUUUUUCAUGAAUUUUCAGUUAGGGCGACAUUAUUUGCCCAAGUGUCGCCUCCCUGUGAUAUGGGUAAUAAUUACCAUAUAUCGCUGCGUGUAAGGCAAGUGUAUCAUACCUGACAUGAAGGUGCUGAUGGGUCAUCUUAUACAUGGUUGGUAGAUCUCACAUUUGUUUCAUGCGCACAAUUUUUAAAUUCUGUUUGGCAAAGCUAAAACAAGGGUCACCUCAAAUCCAGGUUGCCAAACCAACUUACAAAGUGAAAUAUGUCUGUGUCAAAAGAGAGCCGGAAGUACGCAAAUGUGGGAUCUUCUCAAAUUAGCUGUUACAUGAAUUGGCAUUGAUUUUUAAAGCUUGUAGAUCGGUCGCUUUAUAUGUGGGCUUGCACUAUACGCAGCGAUAUAUGGUAGUCCAUGGCUUCCAUUUCCAACAUUGGUACAAUGUGUGAAGCUUAUAUGGAAUGUUGGAAUGUGGCUAAAAAUGGCAUAAAACCCUACUCAUUCACUAUCAUGUCUAAAUGUAGAUCCAUUAAAAUUAUUAUAGCAUUAUGGAAUGAGGCAGAAGAUUUCUUUGUUUCUGUUUAUGAUAUAAGUGAACCUGCCUGGUUGCUUGUGAAAAAUUACUAGACUGAAGUUGAAAAAUAUUGAAUGAGCGUAAAUUUAAUUAAUAUGGUGGUUGUUGUCACCAAGCCACAUCACACGUUUUGCACAAGUUUGGGACUGAGAAAGAGACGCUCGACAUGUUUAUAUGAUCAGGAAUAUGUAUACAGGGAACAGCCCAGAAGACUUUCGGGAUCCAGUCCCAUUCUAGAAGAUUGUUAAGCCUGCAGAUUACAGCACACCCUAUUUCAUCAGAUCAUUUCUGUUUGGUUUUGGUUGAAAUGAGUUGAUUGAGUUGAUUGAGUUGUGAUUAGCAUUCCUUAGAAGAGAAUGGUGUUAGUAGUGUACUCCAAGAUGUGACUGAUCUCUCUUAAUCUCUCUAGGCCUUUCAUUUGUUAUUAGUUGGUUUACAAUUAGUCCAAACAAAUUUAGAUUUUUAGAUUAGCACUAUGAAUAAACCCAGUGUUUUUACAUUGCAAGAUACUGAAAGAUAAUUGAUUGAUUUUCUUUAUUACAGGAAACAUUUUUAUACGUAUUAUUCAGCAUUUCUUUAAACAGUGGUGAUAAAAUCUCCCAUUUUCUUUUUAUUUCAUCCAGUUGUAAAACUGAUCUGUAAAUACAAAUUGUCAAAAGUCAUUUAAAUAUUUUUCUAAUUUCAGAUUUUAAAAACAAAAUUUGGGGUAAACCAACUAAAAAUGUAUAAAAGAUCUUUUGUUGCAUAUUAUCCAUGAAUAUCCUGACGUACUUUACACAGCAUUAUCUGUUGUUCUUGUAUAUUGUUUAGUAGUACUGCACUGUAAUAUCUGAGUUUUGUGUAUGGUGGAGUAGAUGAAUGAAAGGUAUUUUGUGGCAUGUCCAUGAUGCAUGGAGAGUGUUGUUAUUGAUAUAUUAUCAUAUCCAUCCACUAUCUACAGAGGUGAUAAUACAUAUACAUUUAAUAUUUUGACAGUAAAACAUGAACUUCAUUCUGUCAAACAAAAGUUUGUUGAAAAUAAACAUUUCUACAUAGCU